AUGGUAUCUGAUGAAGAACAACGAUUAGUCGAUGUCAGACUUGCUGUACGAGAAGCUAAACGAGCUAUCAAGAAGAAAAUAAAAAAAGACGAUGAAUAUGCCGAAAACUCGAAUGAUGAUGAAGAGAAUGAACUGGAAGAAGAGGAAUCAUCACCAACACUAAAGAAAAAGUUAUCUUCAAUUACAGUUGUCGUAUCAAAUCGACUACAAUGGACAUGUAAACAGAAACCAAUCAAUUAUCAUGUAUGA